AUGAUCUAUGAUGUUGGUAAAAGUGGUGCUAGUAGUGAUGCACCUUGUUCAUCAUACACAGUUCUCAAUGAUCCUUCGCGCAAUAUAGCUAUAUCUGGAAUAGGUAGCACAUGGAUUAGAUUUAUGGGUACAGAAGGUGCUACCAUACCUCUGGAAUAACUAGACAUAAAUCAUUGUGGGGCUUUUCGAACAGGAUGGUUCAAUGGAGCAUUACCGCUAAGUGUAGAAACAAUAGUUAGUGAGAAUGUAUGCUUCGACGCACCUGGCAUAACUUAUGCAGUCUUGUCCUCUGUUUCAAUUGUGAAAUGUGGCAACUUUUAUGUUUACUCUUUGUCACAUUUGAGUAUGUGUAAUGAACGAUAUUGUACAAUAUGAUUAUAAUUUGGUUUCUGUUUACAACAAAAACUAUCUCUUCUUUUUCUUUAUUAUCAAAUAAUUUUUCUUUUGUCUACUAAAAAUGGACUCCUCAUAAAAAAUGAAUACAGAAGUAUGGCUGCCAUAUCGAAGAAAGACAUUUGUAAAAAGAAAUAAAUGUGGAAACCUCGGAUUUAAAUCCGAGAGUUAUGUGUACUUCAAAAAGUGAAUUAGGCAGAUGAGUCUUCCUAGAAUGUGUGGACAUCAAAAUUAUCCUGAGAAGCAUUUUCUAUAAACACUUGAUUUCUAUUGGUUAUUGCUCAACCAACAGGAUUUUGAGGCAAGUGGAGCUCAGAUUCGAGUUCUCCGCCCCAGAAAACUUCGAAGUAUCAUCUCUGUGAUGAGAAGAUAGAGCUCUAAUUGUAGAUCAAUUAAAGCGUG